AAUAUGGUUAAAAUGGUUUCUGGAAAUAGCUAAUUUGAAUAACAACAGUGGGCAAUAAUACUCAACUGAAAUCUGGAAAGUUCUACAUUCUUCCCCUUUCUACUACUCUGUUUUCUAGACCCAUCUUUCUCCUUCUCUUAAUAACACUACCCACGCCCCACCAAAUUCCAAAAUUCCAAACACAAACUUCAAUCAUUCAAUUUUGAGUACAACAAGUGGUGAACAAACUAAAAAUAGGAGAUGGGUGUAGAUUACUACAAGAUAUUGCAAGUUGAUAAGAAUGCUAAAGAUGAUGAUUUAAAGAAAGCUUAUAGGAAAUUGGCUAUGAAAUGGCACCCUGAUAAGAACCCCAAUAACAAGAAAGAAGCUGAGGCUAAAUUUAAACAGAUCUCUGAAGCCUAUGAGGUUUUGAGUGAUUCACAGAAAAGGGCAAUUUAUGAUCAGUAUGGGGAAGAAGGCCUUAAAGGUCAAGUGCCACCACCAGAUGCUGCUGGUGGUGGACCUGGUGGGGCUACAUUUUUCCAAACAGGAGAUGGACCAAAUGUGUUUAGAUUCAAUCCAAGAAAUGCCAAUGAUAUCUUUGCAGAAUUUUUCGGGUUUUCGACCCCAUUUGGUGGGGGUAUGGGAGGUGGUGGUGGGAUGAGAGGUUCAAGGUUUUCUAGUUCAAUGUUUGGGGAUGAUAUUUUUAGUUCAUUUGGAGAAGGCAGACCAAUGAGUUCAGGCCCACGGAAGGCGCCACCGAUUGAACGAACAUUGCCUUGUAGUCUAGAAGAACUUUAUAAGGGGACAACCAAGAAGAUGAAGAUCUCUAGGGAGAUUGCUGAUGCAAGUGGGAAGACUUUACCAGUAGAAGAAAUUCUAACCAUUGACAUCAAACCAGGCUGGAAAAAGGGAACUAAGAUUACAUUCCUAGAGAAAGGAAACGAAGAGCCAAACGUUGUUCCUGCAGAUCUCGUGUUCAUAAUUGAUGAGAAACCACACAGUGUUUUCACAAGGGAAGGAAAUGACCUUGUGAUCAAUCAGAAAAUCUCACUUGCUGAAGCUUUAACAGGCUACACAGCCCAUCUAACGACGCUCGAUGGAAGAAAACUGACUAUUCCUAUGAACAAUGUAAUACAACCAAACCAUGAAGAGGUUGUCCCAAGGGAAGGAAUGCCAAUACCCAAAGAACCUUCAAAGAGGGGGGAUUUGAGGAUCAAGUUCAAUAUCAAGUUCCCUACGAGGUUAACAGCAGACCAGAAAACUGGAAUUAAGAAGUUGCUCUCUUCCUAGGCCACAUUGUUUACAAUCACUCGUAGUAUCUUUAUACAGUCUUAUGUUCUGUUUAAUCCUUUCUUUUUCAUUUUCUUUGUAUCUUGGGGUAAUUGGUUCUCUUGUAGAUUCUCUGUAUUAUAGCUAGAAAUUGUGUGUAAGUCAAUUAAUAUGUGAUAGUAAUAAAGGAUUUUGACAUU